AAAUGUUAGCAUGACAAAAAAGAAGUCUACAAGUCGACAGUCCCUUGGUGCCGCUAGGAAUGCCCCUUCUGCUUACUUUGAUGAGCUUUGUCAGAUAUCUACAAUCCUCAACUGUGGACUCGAGCAAGAAUGGAUAGAGUUCAUAUCAAACCAAGCAGACCUUCAACAGCGAUGCCAGGCAGCAGAAGGAGAGGUUACCAGACUACGAGUACAAGUCAACCAGUUCAAAUCAGACAAAGAAGCGUCUGAUCUCCGUGUCAAACACAUGAGGAAGCAGCUUGCAGAAGAGAAGUCACAGAAACAAGCUUUAAGUAAACUGAAUGAGAAACUUGUUCAACAAAUCCGUGUUAUAAAAGAGAUCCUGGAAGACCGAGACAGAAUGAGCAUGAUGACGGACGAAGAUAAAACAGCUCUAGGACUUAACAAGAGCCAUCUCAGAAAGCAGUUUGACAAAGUGUUUGAAGAUGUGUCAGUAGACCUGGACUCAGAUCAGAGUUUAGAGCCGAGUUUCGAAGGAGAGUUGGAGGAGACGAGGACAGAGUGGAGGCGCAGAUCCAGGAGGUCCAACGUGCGAAAAUCUGAGAGACAAAGCACAGGGCCGGGGGUGACUGUGAAGAAGAGAAGAACUUCCAACCUGCAUCAUCCUCCUAAAGAGGACAUCUACAUGACGAUGGAACCAACUUCGUCUGAGAGUAGCGAACCUCCUGUCAUUUACCCCAACCUCAAGAAGUUCAACAAAGCUCACCCUGUUCCUCACGUCGAAGCAGAAGUGAUAUCGGUGCAAUCGUCAGAAGCGACCACUAUUUCCACAACCGAAACGGAGAGUGACGUUGACUAUCUUCCGUCUGACACAGAGUCCAUCUCCUCGACCACUAGCGAGAGUUCCCUGCCAAACCGUCCCCAUCACUUUGCGCUCAAGAGCAUGAUUAAACCAGAGGGCUGCAAAGCUUGUCGUAAAAGACUCGGUUUUUCUGCCCACGCUCUACGUUGUAAAUAUUGCAAGAUGGUGGUACACCAAGAUUGUAAGAAUGCAGCACCGAUGCCCUGCGUCCCUAUCCUUAGCACACCGUCCCGGAAACAAGACGGAAGUCUCUUUUCCUACGUUCCCAAGAACCCGCCCCAUGUCCCGUCAAUUAUGCUCCGGUGUGUUCAGGAAAUAGAAGCCAGGGGACUGAACGAGAUAGGACUCUACAGGGUCACUGGACCAGAUAAGGCAAUAAAAGAGCUGAAGGAGAGGAUGCUGAGACCGAGAUGUCAGACCAACCUCCGGAAGAUUGAUGACACUACAAUCCUAACAGGAGUUCUCAAGAACUUCCUCAUGAACCUGAACGAUCCCAUUUUGACCUCAGCGCUGUCAGAUGAAUUUAAGAAUAACGCGGAGAAAGGAAGUGCUAAUCACCUCUACGGAACGAUAUCCAAGCUCCCUCACGAGAAUAGACAUACACUAGCUUUCCUCAUCAUACAUUUGCAGAAGGUUGCCGAGAGUGAACACUGCAAGAUGCCCCGCUCCAACAUUGCCAGAGUAUUUGCACCGACUCUAGUCGCAAGCAUCGCAAUGACCGACAUGGACAGCGCGAUGCGUGACACGAAGCGCAGCGCUAAAGUAGUAGAAUGUUUGCUGGACCUACCCCCGUACUACUGGACCAACAUGUUGAACCCUCACGAGGAUUGCUCCUCUCCUACUCCUUACUCUAAUGAUGAAGCUCCUCGUACUCCCGGUACCCCUGAAAUGUUGAAGGUACAACCGGGAAUGUACCAGCCUCCAACUCCUACCAACGCUAAGGAAACCACGUUUACUCAGCGUGUUUUCGGUGGAAAGAAAAAGACUUUCUUCAACAAGUUUGAAACACCUUGAUUUUGACAGAACUGUGGUUUGUUAAACUUGUAUUAGUUUGUAGAUAUAUUAUUGCGUUUGUAUACCAAAGUGUGUGAGAUCAUGAUACGAUGAGAAACAAUACACAAAAAUGUUUGUGAGGGCUAAGGAUACCAAUCUGUGUGUGCCCAUUGUCAGGGACGCUUAGCACAAUUUUCCGAUUUUUCUUGAACCUAAAACAUUCUGGCAGUGAUACAGUUUCCAACGAAAGAUAGUUAGCAUUUUGAAUAUUGACCUCUUAGAUUAUAGGCCAGGUUCUGACAGGACAAUCGAACUUUGUCUGGGUUAAAAUGAGAGAUAACCUGGCGAUGGGCAAAUGUGAAUAUGAGUGAAUUGCAAGGGAAAAGAAUAUAAUUAAUUUUCGUGUCAAACUCAUGUGUUUCCACAAUACAAAUGUUACUUAGUUGAACAUGAUUGCUUUGAAAGCAGCAAUUUUUUUUUUAUUUAAAGUUCUGGGAAUCAUCGACCGUUAUCCAAGAAAUUCAUUUGCGAUGUUUGUAAUUGUGCAUGCCGGAGAUUUUUGUGAUCAUUCUUGACACGACAAAAUUUCGAUGAUUCCCCAGCUUUGUUCCUUCAACAUUGAACAAUGUUGUACUAAUAUUUCGCUUGGUUUUAGUUUUUAAACAUUUUUUAUCGUAAAAUGCACGACUCUAAUUUUAAACUUAACUAUGACUCUGAAACUGUAAAUAUAAGUUAAGAAUAGUAAAUACAUUCUUAAGACGAAGUUGAUUGUACGUUAUAUGCAAAACCUUCAAUAUAAUUGUUUGAAUACUUAUUCUAGCAAUUUGACAGUUUCAAUACUGUAACUAUUGCGGGUUGUGCGGGAAGUUUUGACAGUAGAUUUUACAUUUUGUUUUUAACGCCAUCAGAUGGGAAACUUAUCCCCAAUUUUCUCUGAAUUAGAAUUUUCAGUGUCCACAAGUAAGUUAAGCAGAGCCAUUUCCUAGUUCAGAUUCCAGAGCAUGUGUGUUACAUCUGACUGAGGAGUUUAAAUAAUUGAUUUGAUUUUCAACUGUUUGUGUCGAAUGUAAGUUGUACUGCUGUGUAGUAAGUCAAACUAGCGCGAAUGAUGUCAUAUUUUUAUUGUAUUGUAUUGGUCACUAUUCAGUAUCCUAUUUAAAAGUCUUGA